AAUCAUCAAUAAACAACAGCACCUGCCAUGAUAAGAUGUGCACAUAAAUAUCUCUGUGUGGUCCGCAUCAAAUCAUAUUCAUCAACACAACAGAAACAGCAGCUCCUCGUCUUCUUCUGGAUUCAUUCUGAAAGUCAAGAACAAUGAAACACAGCUCAGUUCUGUGUUUGCUGCUCCUUCUGGGGACGUGCUCGGCUUACACCUAUCAAAAUGUGGCCUUGCGUGGCAAAGCGACCCAGUCAGACCGGUAUGGAGAUUUUUUUGGAAUUGCCUACAAUGCUAUUGAUGGAAACCAUGAAUCUAACUACGUGGCUGGAUCAUGCACCCACACCGACGAACAGGCCAACCCCUGGUGGAGAGUGGACCUGCUGGAGUCCUACAUCGUCACCUCCAUCGUUGUCACCAACAGAGGAGACUGCUGUGCAGAGAGGCUCAACGGGGCAGAGAUUCACAUCGGCAACUCUUUACAAGACAACGGUGCCGCAAACCCAGUGGCUGGUGUAAUUCCUCAUAUCCCAGCAGGCAGGUCCUUAAAAAUGACUUUAACCAGGCUUGUGGAGGGACGUUAUGUGACUGUGGUUCUGCCUGGUUUAAGAAGGGUCCUUACACUCUGUGAAGUGGAAGUCUACGGAUACCGCGCUCCAACUGGAGAGAAUCUGGCGCUCCAGGGAAAAGCCACACAGUCGUCUUUGUAUUCUACAGGCAUUGCAUAUUUAGCUAUUGAUGGGAAUCGUGCUGGGUACUGGAACCAGGGUUCUUGUACUCACACAAAGGCCGACUUCAACCCCUGGUGGCGACUGGACCUGGGCAAAACCCAUAAAGUGUUUUCUGUUAACGUAACCAACACUGUCGAUUCUGUCCCACAACGACUUAACGGAGCUGAGAUCCGAAUUGGAGAUUCUCUUGAAAACAACGGCAACAACAAUCCCAGGUGUGCUGUGAUCUCAAGCAUCCCCGGAGGUUUCACCCACACCUUCCAGUGUGACGGGAUGAACGGCCGCUACAUCAACAUCGUCAUUCCUGGAAGAGCCGAGUACUUGACCCUGUGUGAGGUGGAGGUGUACGGCUCCAGACUGGAUUAGGUCUGAGGAAGUUUAAAGCUGAUAAGGACAGUUACUUAUUAUAUUGGAGGUGUUGGUGGUCUUGUAUAGACUCAUCAUUCAUCCCCAAAAUACUAACACAAAUUUUUCUUCUUACCUGCAGUUCUGUUUAUCAAUCGUGUUUGGUUUGGUGUGAGCUGCAGAGUGUUGGAAAUAUUGGCCGUCGAGAUGUCUGUCUUCUCUCAAAUAUAAUGGAACUAGAUGGCACUUGUCUUGUGGUGCUCAGAGUGCAAAAAAUACAGCAGCAAUGUCUCUUUUCAGAAAUCAUGACUCAGUUACUCAAAAUAAUCCACAGAGCUAUUUUCUCUCUGUCGAACUGCACCCACCAACCGUAUCACUGGGCACCACUGAGCUAGCUAACAUUGAAGCUCAGCUAAGGGAGGCACCAUUAAUCUUUACAUCUUGUGCUGUCACAGGCUCGAGCCUCUCAUCCAUACACUUCCUUCUGACAGGAAAAGUACAGCGAGUACACGUGGCAGGUUUUUCAAAAUGCAGCCUAUAGAAGGAAAACACACAAUAAAAGUUUGUGUUUAUGUUGUUAAAUGUACAAUCAACCAAU